GCUGAACUACGGGUGCCUGCAGGAGAGAUGGAAGGCAGUGAUGAUGACGAUGGGGUUCCCCAGCUCUCCUCUCAUGCAUUAGCAGCUCUCCAGGAGUUUUAUGCUGAGCAGCAGCAACGUGAGGCGCAGAAACUGGGGCCUGACCAUGAGAAAUUCUCUGUCGGGUCGGUGGAAGAGGAUUGGCAAUUAAGCCAGUUUUGGUACAGCGAUGAAACUGCAUUAAGUCUGGCCAAGGAGGCGAUGGAGGUCUGUGGAGAAAAUGGCAGGAUCGCUUGUAUCAGUGCCCCCAGCAUCUACCAGAAGCUCAGAGGACUUGCCGGAGAGAGCGUGCACGUACGGCUCUUAGAAUAUGACAAUCGCUUUGCUGUUUAUGGAGAUGAUUUUGUCUUCUACGAUUACAAUGAACCACUGAAACUGCCCGAGAGCCUGGAGCCGAGUAGCUUUGAUAUCGUCAUUGCUGACCCCCCGUACCUGUCAGAAGAAUGUCUGCAGAACACGGCUCAGACCAUCAAGUACCUCUCCCGGGGGAAGAUCAUACUGUGCACAGGGGCUGUGAUGGAGGAUCUGGCAGCUCAGAAACUGGGUCUAAAAAAAUGCAAGUUUAUCCCAGAACACACGCGAAACCUGGCUAAUGAGUUCCGCUGCUACUCUAAUUAUGAACUGGCAUUGGAUAAGCAAGGUUUAGCGUGAUGCUUCACACAGCAGGACUAUGCCGAUUGCUUUAGCACCUUUAUCACUCACACAUGGCCGACAGACUGUUCCAUGCAAUAUAAAGCUGGCCUUCCCCUCUCAUCAAUUGCCUUUCAUACUUUGUGUUUUUUUUUUUUAAUCUACAUAGAGAUGUGGCUGUUUUUCAUUGAGAAUGUGACGUAUCACUGCGAAUAUCAACCACUGGUAAUGUAGCAUUUAUCAACUGUCAGGAUGGAUGUGACUGUCAUAUAUACAGAUGACCCUAAAUUAACAGGUUUAAAGAGUGUCUAUAUCAGUUUUCUAAGGGUAAGCCUCAAACGUCAGAUUUUUGGGUUUUCUGUAAGUAAAUAAAAUGACAUUUUGUUGGUA